AUGUCCCAGGACUCUGUCAUCCCGCUUGAAUCGAACCCGGAAAUCUUCACCGACUUUGGCCGCAAGCUCGGAUUGUCGCCAUUGCUCGCAUUCUCCGACAUCUACUCGGUCACAGACCCAGACCUUGUUGCGUUCCUUCCCCGCCCCAUCUACGCCCUGAUCCUGCUCUUCCCCGUUACUGAACAGUACGAGGCCCUGAAAGACCACGAAGAGGCCGCCAGAAACACAGAAAAGGACGACCAUUUCGAAAACAUCGUCUGGUUCAAACAGCUGCUGAGAAACGGGUGCGGCCUCUACGGCUUGCUCCACGCCCUGUGCAACCUGCCUCCAGAAUUGCGCGUGGGGCAGUCCAGGAUCGAGGACUUUGUCACCGCACUAAAAAGCCUGCCCAACGUGACAAACUCCAACCAUUUCGAGGAGAAAAGCAAACUCGUGAAAGACCUCUCGCUCGCAUUGUACCAAACGUUCAGCAAACAGGGCCAGACUGAGGCUCCAAGUGCAGAUGAAGACGUCAAUUUACACUUUAUAUGCUUUACAAAGGGAACAGACGGCCACUACUACGAACUCGAUGGUCGUAGAAACGGGCCUGUGGAUCUUGGCCCCGCAGAGGAACAAACCGACCCGGUCAGCUCCCCAACAGUGAUCCACCGCGUCCAGAAGUACAUGUCUCUCGCAGACGAAGACAACAGUCUCCAUUUCGCCAUGAUGGGGCUCGGUCCAGACAUGAACUGA